AUGGCAGGUCGUCAGCGGAGAGGUACUCGAUCUGCUACUGACAGGGAAAUCACUCCUCCUAUGCUGGCUAAAGUGCAUGGCAACUUGGAGGUAUGUUACUUAAUUUAACAUAUUCAAAAAUGUUACUCGACAAGAUCUGUGGACCCUUAGAACAGAGUUGAGGUCAUUCGGCACUAUUUGUGAAAGGAACUUAUGUGUGUACUGAACUUGUCAGUGGGAUUUGAGUAACGAUUUUGAAAGGUAAAUCAAUUUUACUCCAGAUAACUUACUUUGACAAAGUUGUACAUUUUCGGUCUUUUCCUCGUAGUUUAGGCAACUAAUGGCCAAGCGUCAGUUACAGUCUAUCGAGUUUGAGUGUUUCAGUUAAUGAGGAAAAAAGUAAACUAUUUAUACGCCCCUUCAAGACUGUUUAGGUUCCGUUGAAGUGAACUGAAAGUUUAAAGUGUAUUUUAUUAUGUUAUCCAGGUUUUUGGUUUCAACUUGCGACAGCGUAAAUCGUUCCUGAAUGCGGUGAUGAGGUAUGGUCUGCCUUCUCCUGAAGGGUCUCGUCGAUCACAAUGGUAAGAUUGAUGCCUUGUUGUAAAGAACUUCUUCUGUAAAAGUAGACCUUUUUCAGGUCAUUUGUUUCAGCAUACGUAGUAAUUAUAACGAAAGGUUAGGAAGUGCGUGCGAGGUCAAAAGUCAAAGCAUUCUUGCUCCAACGCUGUAAGCUUUGCGUUCUAUGCAUUCAAAUGGGCCAUUUAUUCUCAGUGGAAGUCCAAACGAUUGCUGGCUACAUAUGUGUUGGGCAUACGUAAUAGCAACCUGGUGAUAAGGACUGCGAGCUCCCCUAGUAGUCCGCAAUGGUAUUAACAUUGAAAUUUGUUUAAUAGAUUUGAGCUUGAAAACUUUGAGAGAAUUCAUUUCCCUCUGACUUCCCGGUUACACUAUUCCGUUCUAGGUUCGCAAGAGACCUCCGGGGGAAAUCCGAGAAAGCCUUCCAGUAAGUAAUUGAUAUAUGGUAACUUUACGUGUAAAAUAUUUUCCUCAUCAUGAAUACAGCUAAGUUUUAGUUUGAACGUAAAAAUUGUUUUUGGAAAUUUCCACAUAAUUCAACAAACUUAUCAUUUGAGCGAGGUUUCGGUCCAUAACCUGUUGGUUUUCUAAGAAGCACUUUGCUGUAUUGGAAUUGAUUAGCUGAAGUUGCGUUUAGGAAGCACAGCACGAAAAGGCAAAUUUAAGUUAGCGUAAUGGUGGCGUAAAGCUAGCGUAAAGCUCUCAUUUACGUAACUUUACGACACAUUUCAGCCACGUAAAGCCGAACUUUACCUUACCUUUACGCGUAUGCGUUAAGGUAUCGUAAAGAGACUGUUUAAGCUCUGCGUAAAGUUUGUGUAAAUACGCCGUAAAGAAGAGAUUUAAGCGAACGUAAAGUUGGUGUAAAUACGCUUUAAAGUAGAGACUUAAACCAGCGUAAUUGAAGCGUAAAGUUGGUGUAAAGAUCUUAUUUAGACAAUCCUUUUACGCGUUAAGCGGACAUGCAAAGGAGUAGCAGUUUAAAAAAUAGGGCCCCGUUCCGUUUCCAAUUUUGCAUUACCAUAACCAAUUUUCAAAUUGCCUAUCUUUAUUUUUACAUUUCAAAUCCCAUGAAAAUCGCCAGGUAUGCUACAUUGUUGUAACUGCAAAAGCUGCAAAUACGAAUCGCAUUCUUUAAGUUUAGUCCCGUAAAGAGUGAUCUUACAAGGUUUUAAAAAACAAAACACACUGAUACUCUAAAACUGAAUUUUCUAAAUAUAACAUGAUUUAUUUCUGUGUUAGCAUCUUUGUCAUUACAUUAAAAAUUAAAAAAACGAAAAUUUUUCCAACACCUAAGGUUUAAAUAAGAAGAUACAGUGUACAUAAACUUUUCAAAUGGGUCAAAACAGUCUUCUCAAAAUAUCCAAAAAAAAUCAUCUUAACUUAGUAUUAUACCAGAUUAAGAUGAUUUAUAGUUUAAAAUAAUUAUUUAGCAUUUACAUGUAAGGUACAGGGUGAAAAAGAAAACUGAUGAAGUUAAAUUUUGAUAAAAAACAGCAACUCUAACACACAAAUUAAUGUAAAUGUGGGUCAAAAUGGUCUCUUCCAAAAUGAAAAUAUGUAGUAUAAUUUAGCAUAAUUCAAAUCAAAAGCUUAAACAAUUUUAGAUAAGAAAUAAAAAGACUGAAAGCCUAAUACAUGUAUAACAUUGAUUGUUUCUUGAUUCAGCCCUUUCACUCUCAGAAGUGUUUACAGUCAAAUUUAACAACAAAAUCCAAAUAAAAAAUCAUUUUCAUAAACUGAUGAUGUAAAAGUUAGAUGCACAAGGCUGUCACUAAGAUUGCAAGUUGCAGGGUUUAAGUGAAAUUAGUGAGCAGGACAUUGAAAAUGUGGAAAGUUUCGUUUCCUCUCAAAACAGCCAAGUAUUGGGCUCAAAGUAGCCGAUUUAAAGUCUGGUUUAUGGCCCUUAGUGACAGCCCUGGAACCACUUUACAAGACUAAGGCUUGUAAUUAACAUGUAUUAAUCCUGUUUGCUUUGAGAGGACUUUCUGUCACCAACAUCCCAUACCAGGCUGAUCUGCUGAAUAAAUAGAAAGCAAGUAUUAUUUGAGUAAACUACACAGAUUAUUUGUAGGCUAGUGAUAAUACACUUAAUCGCGCACUAAAGGCACAAGUACAUGUACAGUAAGGGGGUGUUUACAUGAGAAAACUCACACCGGCACGAGUCUCAUACCGGGAUGACUUUUUGAUUUUGUAUCUGGUUUACAUUAUGAAUGAGUCAUUUCAUAUCUCGUUAUUUGAAGGUACACUUCAUGUUGAUAAAAUACAAGUGUGAUUCAAAAUCGCAAACAUUACGCGUGUGCUACCCAUUUCAGUCUACCGGCAGACCGAUUUCAUGCCGAAACGGGUGGUCGUUUCGCAUUUACAUGAUACUGCCAUGAGAUUUUGUACCAGAGUGAAAUUCUCGCCCCGGUACAAGAACCGGGGUGAACUCACACUGGGGUGACUCGCGCCUGCAUGACAUUUUGUGGUGGUAUCAUGUAAACAAAUAUAGAGCUAUGAGAGGGAACCGGAGUGAACUCGCUCCGGGGGAAAAGUUGCCCCGGUGUCAUGUAAACACCCCUCAAGUUGCCAGAGGACACCCCCUGCUAUUACUAAUUAAUAAUAUUUUUUCCUACACUCAUGGCCAAAUUACUACAAUCAGCACAAUUUUACUUGACACAGGGUUCCCCACAUGCCUCUUUUCACAAACCAAGACUAAAAAUUUGAAAAAAAUGAUAAGGCAUUUUCCACAAGUGGUCUAAUAACAGUGCAAAACCUGAGUAGCAAAUGAUUUCAAUGUCCACAAAUUCACACAACUGAAUAAGAUUCAUCUGACUGUUAAAGAUUCAAAAUGUUUGACUAGUAGGAGUUAAAGGCUUUCCUUAAAGGCAAUAAUAUUUACAUUUAGAACCCUACUUGUAGUUGAGUGAAAAUCAGGGUAAAAUGCUACAUGGAAACCCUAUAAUAAUAAUAAUAAUAAUAAUAAUAAUAAUAAUAAUAAUAAUAAUAAUAAUGAUAAUAAUAAUAAUAAUAAUAAUAAUAAUAGUAAUGAACUUUAUUAAAGUCUCAUGUCUUAUAACUCAGGCACAGUGCCUUACUAGUCGGGGAGACUGAAGCAUAUGUAUAUGUUAAAUUUAUUAACAAUGGUUUAUUAUAUUAUUAGAGUUCAAUGUUUUACAAUGUAUAUCUUUUUUUAUUUUAAUGUAUGCAUUUUUAUAAAAGUAUCAUCCAUUAAUAUCGUUUUAAAGUGCUAUGAAAAACCACUGGAUGUACAUUAUUAUUAUUAUUAGAGAGUAAGCAGUGCGCAAAGAAAGUAGUGUCCGAUAGCCCGGGGCUAGUGGAUUUUGCUAUCGAGCCAGUGAAUUUUGAACUUAACUUGCCCGAUGGGCAAGUGAAGUUUUUUUGAGGAAUUCAAAUUAAAGAAGAACUGUGAAAUCAAUGCUGCUCAUCAAAACGGUUUGGGGGCUAGUUGAAAUGACAUUUGGGCUAGUAUAUGCUAGCUUCAGCUUGCCCGAAUGGCAAGCUUUAAAAAUCACCUUCUUUGCACCCUGGUAAGAGAGAAAUUUUCCUAUCCACUUGUCCUUCACACAAGCAAUACAUUAAAUUUGGUUGUCCGAAACCUAGAGUUCUUGUCCAAAAAGUUUAGCUUGCAACGGGCAUUUAAUGUUUUUAAUCACAUUAUUUAAUCACAUUAUUACCCUUGUAUAUUAUUUUUGAAUUAAACCUACAACAGAGCUUGUAAAAAAGCAAAUGAAUGAAACGACUGGCAGUGGAAUGGCAAAGUUAAAUGGAAUAUUUAAGGCAACUGUUUCUUAUCUUUAUUUUUCUAAUUAAAAAUGUGCUUGUGCCACGGACAAGUCAUAUCAAAGGUUUACAUGUUCGAACUAAAUUUCUGCCUGUCCCGGACUAAAGUUCCAAAUCAAUAAACAUUCCUAGCCUUCUCAUGAGCUCCACCAAAGACUUUCAGGGAAAAUAUAGAAACAUAUAAGCACCUUAUUCCCAAAAGUUUCAAAUUUUCCUGAAACUUUACCUAAUAUAUUUUUUUUCCUUUUUAAUACGAAACGUUCAAGGUUCCUAGUUAAUGUAACAGGAGUGAAGCCACUUUGCUAUUUAAAGCCCUUAUCCUCAAUCUUGAAAACAAUGCCUCCUAAUAAUAAUGUACAGUGUACCCUGUAAAUAAAGCAGCCUAUUUUCUUUCCUUGCCACCAGGGACAUUUCACAAGAGAGACAGUUGUAUUUGCAGAUUAAUAAUGGUGUAUGUAGACAAGAGAAUCCAAAACAGCUAUGACUGCUAUGACUCUCUUAAGAGUCUUAUCUUUCACAACUUGUUUCUUUAAAUUUUGUUUUCCUUUAAACCUAGAUAUACUGACGAUACAACUAUGGUGCAAAUAGAACAAUUUCUGGUUUCUAACAUGACUGUGUGCUUUGCUUCCCAAAAAGUAAGGCAUUCAAUUUCCUGACAGUAUGUGCUGCACUGUAUCCUCUCAAGAACCACAAUAUAAUUUCAUAGGAGCAGUGCACAAUGAAGAUUAAAAUUAAUGGUAAUAUAUGAAAUGAAUCAUACUUUGAACUGCAGAUGAAGGUAUGAAACUGUGAAGAUUUUAACAACUAUGUUGGCACUUACAUGAAAAUACAUUCUAAUUCAAUCAUGGUCUGCAUUAGCUAGGCAUUGAAAGACUCAUGAAAAUGUCUAUUUAUUCUCUGUUCAUUUAAGUUAAAACCCACAUAAUUUAAAAUCAAAAAUAAACUUUUGUACCUGCUUCAAAAAAUACAUGCAUGCUGUUAAAUUAUUCACCACUUAUGAUGCUAUGACUGCCUGGCCAGGGGAAUUGGGAAGCUUGGGUUUGUUAUUGACUGACGCAUGAAAAUAUAGAACCAGACUACGUAGAUUAUCUUUGCCUACUUGCAAAUUCAACACUUGUUAACACUUUUCUAUUCUGUUUAUUAGUUCUUCUAUAGUCUGUGAAAAUUUUCAUAAGAAUGUUUGUAUCACAUUACAUGUAAGCUUACUUUAUACAGAUGUCCUUUCUUAAUUCCAUUAUUUUCUUUUAGUAAUUCCCAGUACCAGUGACCAAACUCCUAUUUUCCAGUACAAAACAAGGAAAUUCUACUCCUUCAGACCCCCAAAGUCCUUACAUGAUUUUACAUUAUCAUCUUCAACGUCAUGGUCUCGUUGCUUGCUUAGUAUUGAAAGGUUAUGCCAAAUAAAUACACAUGUAUAGUUAUAAUUUACUUUAAACGGUUAAUGCUGGUUUCAUUGCUCACUGAAAUGUUAGUUACUGAGUACUUGAGACAGUCAUUCGAACUCGUCAUAAACAAGUUGGAAUUAAGCUUAAAAAGUUAGAGAAAAGGCGAGCCAGGACAACUUACCUUGCCUUACUAUCUGCUCUUUUCAGCGAGAUCUUGAGUAUCGAAGAGCCUUAGUAAUACGUGUAAUACAGUCGUGGUCUGUGUUGUGAACAUUCCAGUGUUAAUGCUUGCGCUUCACACGAUGUUUCUGUCUCCAUUUCUGACUGAGUAUCUCGUCCCGAAAGGGUUGCUGCACACUUGAGAAGUGAUCGAUUACUAAAGGCUGAUAGUGCCAUUAUAAAUUGUAACAACCUUAAGAUGUCCUGUGAUGCUAUCAAGAAGCAUAAUAUAUGAACGAUCUGCAACCUUUCAAAGAAGCAAGUUUGAAACCGUUGGACACUUUCAAAAUGGUCGCCAAAUCAACGAACCUGAUUGAGCAUGUGCAAAGGAACAAGCCCGCUGACCAGGUGUCCCUUCAUUCUAUUGUUUCCAGGCCCCUUUCUUUUAACAAAUUGUCCGUUCCCAAACCUGAAGUCCGCGGACUUAGAAUAAGGAAACGAUAAAGGAGGUUGAACAAUGAAGCCAGUACUCCGUUGAAUGUAAAAUGGUCACAGUAAUUUGUGAAUGCGUUCUUUCUCUUUAAGUAAUGCGUUCUUUCUUUAAGUAAAACUCGCCGUUUUUGAGAGGCGAUAUUUUUUCUUUAUUUUCCAAUUAUUUCAAUUUGAUCAAAUUACGUACAGUUGAAACUCUCUACAACGGCCACCUUAGGGACAUUGAAGAAAGUGGCCAUAGUAGAGAGGUUGAAAGAAGAGUAAAUGUAUGUCAUGUAUGGACCGUCCGCCGAAAAAAAAAACAAAACAAAAAUGGCCCGUGUAGAGAGGUGACCGUUAAGGAAGAAACACCUUAUACUGACUGAAAUCAAUGAGGGAAUACUUCUGAGUAUUGAAGGCUAUUGUGUUUGCCGCGACAGAUAUGCCGUUUUUCGAAAAUUGCCGCACAGUCGCAAGCUAUAUCUUUGCAUGAACUCUGCCAGCAGAAUUUUCUUUUCAGCGUCAUUUUUAAGCGUGUACGAAGUCGUUCGCACCGCCAAAAAAAUUUGCGUGGUUGGCUUGUUUACAUCGCACACCAACAUCGAACACUAAAUGAGUGAUCAAAAAAACUAUGCGAACUAGUAUCAGGGCACAAACGACUUACUAAAAACAGUGCCGGGAAUAAAUUGCUGUUAGGAAGCUAGCAUUAUAUGACAACCUUACUAAACCUUUACUUGUAGCGUAAAUGAGCGUAAAGCUGUUACAACAACUUUAUGCUAGCUUUAGGAAACCUUUAAGAGCCGAGCGCGUAAAUUUACCUUUACAAACCUUUACGCGCCGUGGAAAGUUUGCGUAAAGUUGGAUGACCAACUUUACGGAGGUUUACGCAAACUUUAAUUUUGCGUAAAUCUCCAUUUUCAUGCUGUGAAGGCUCUCGGAAUUCCUUGAGAGGAAACCAUGGUGAUAUCUGUCACCCACCUGCAUCACUCUGUGCUUUUCCGCAUUUCCUUUGUUUCCUCCGUGAUGUUAAAACACAUUAUAUGACUACUUGUUGCUAGAACAUCUGCCUCCAUGCUGGUUAUGUUUCAUCACAUAUCAAAUACAUUACGGUCAACAGAGUUGAAAAUAGCGACACCUUGUGGAGUAUUUUUGAUGAGGUUGGAAAAGUUUGAUGUUGUGAAAAAAACAUUUCAAGGUAACGAGAUGUAAAUUACUUUUGACCUUCAGAGCAUAUGUAGCUAUGUUUCUGCGCCACUUGUGUGAGCCUGGAACAGACAACAAGGAAAUGUUUAAUGAUGGAGUACCUCGUGAAGGACUUCAAAGAACUCAAGUGCUGACCCGGAUUGGUAUCAUGAGCCUCAUAAGAAAGAAGGUGGGUGGGUUUACUAUAAGAAAUCUUGUAAACCAAGACUAAAUGUGGUAGUAUUAACGCUUUGAACCCUAAGAUCAAAAUUUGAAUUCUCAUUUGUUGCCCCUAUUCAUUUCCUACAGAAGCAGUGGGGAGAAGUUGAUAAAAUAUCAAGCAAAUUCAUCUUGUGUGAUCAUGUUCGUAAUUCUCAUGACCACUCUGAUCAUGUGUGAUCAUGUCCGUAAUUCUCAUGACCACUCUCUUUAAAAAAGCAUUGAUAUUACAAGGAGAAAUUUGAUGCUAAUUACUCUUAAAGCUUAAAGGGUUAAGCUUCUGGAGUUAAUUCUAAAGGUGGUGUGAAAGCCGGCAAGAAGUAUUUUCUUUUGGCACUGUUCAUUUUACUAAACAGGGUUCUUUCAAACGUUAUGACGCGGCGAAACCAAAGACUAAACUCCGAGGUGGGUGGUGGGAGGGAGAGGGGGGGCGCGGGCACUUUCUAGGAAUAGGCUAAUGGGUAUGUGUGAGGGGCCUAAAAGGACUAGCUAGUAACGAUGAUUGUUGUGGUUAUUGGCCUUUUGUUCAGGUUGAAGAGUUUGCUCAUAUAAAUGGAUGGGAAGCUUGUCCUGAUGAAGAACCUUCAACAGAAAAACCUUCAAGUGAAACCUCCUCACGUGUCUCCACACCAGUAACAGAGAUUGUUGACAGCAAAAAGGUUGAACAGGAGCCAGUUAAAAAGGAAGAAAAGGAGGCAACACCUGAGAAGAAGGAAGAGGAGCAACAGAAAUCUGAACCAAUGGAAACUGACAAAGACGAAGGAGGUACGGCUCAGUUGACUGACAGACUAUUUUCCCGCAGGGGGGCCAGGGUCCGAAAUUAACUUGUUAAUACGGGCGCCAACUGGCGAUCAAGUAUAAAUUUUUGGUCGCCAGAGGGCAAAUUGUGGUCGCCAAAAAAUUCCCCCUCCCUUUUUUUCGAAUAAUUGUUUAAACGCGAAUAAAAAAUGCAUGGUAUGGACGUUUUUAUGCUCGAAAAUUGCACUUCUUCCGCUCCCGAUAUCAGAAAGCAACCGUACGUGUACGAGAGAAGUCUUUUUUUCCCGCAAAUUACUUUUUGGAGAUAUAAAGCUGUCUGACUUAGAAAGUAGGAACAGAAAGCUGUCUGCCCAUGACUGCACUGAUCACUCGUACCAGUACACAAAGUACAUAACGUACUUACCGAACAACAUGGCGGCUUGGAAACGUUCAACUCGUAUUGAUCGUAGCUGUUGUGGAGGUAUUAUUACAGGAAGAUUCGUUUCACUUGUAAUUAAAAAAUAUCAGCAGGACAAAAAGUAAGACACCUGUUGGCAAAUAGCUGCGAGGUUUCAAUUCUUGAUCAAUUUCUCCGAACGUUAAAGUCCACAAUAACAACCAGCUUUACAAGUCGCUAGCUGGCGACCAGCUAUGAAAUUCUGGUCGCCAGGACUAAAUUUUUAGUCGCAUUUGCGACCAGGAAGGCGCAAUUUCGGACCCUGGGGGGUACUCACUAUUAUGGCCCAUAUGGGAAGACUCCACCCGAAAGGGGUUUCUUUUUCUGGUUUCAGGUAUAGCAGAACCCCUAUAACUCGACCUCGGAUAACCUGAACUCCCCGCCAACUCGAACUAAGUCCAAUUUCCCUUGGAUUUCACCCCACUUUCAGUCAUUUUUAUUCUGUUAACUCAAAUCCCCCGCUAACUCGAACUAAAUUUCAUUUCCCUUGAUCAAAAAUUAACUGAAAUUUACCUCGAGAACUCGAAUUCUGGUUGUUGUAACGCCACUCGGAUGCCAUCCCAUCAGCUUUUCCUUUUUUAUAAUCGGUAAAAACACUAAAACUAACACUGAUCAACAAAAUAUCAAUUUAUUAAUUAGUGCAACAAGAUCACAUUUUAUCAUAAAAAAUGGCUAAUUAUGUUACCGUUUCGAUGAAAUAAGUUAAAUUUGCACUGCACUAGACACUAAAGUGCUGAAAAAUCAGUAAAUAACAAUUUUUCAUAUGGCAAAUUGAAUUUUGCAAUCGACCCCGUGAUCUCGAACUGUUUUUCGUUUCCCUUUCGAGUUCGAGUUGCUGGGGUUCUACUGUAAAUGAAAGGGUAGAGAAACUUGUCAUGUCGGUCUGUCAAAGAAGUUGAAAGGGCUAACAGACGUAUCUUGGGCUGUGAAAGGGACAAGAAAAAUUCCUGGUUUCGUGAUUUAUUCGUAUUAAAAAGACGGUGAAUUUACAGUUGGUAAAAGCGAUGCAGUGUUCUUACUAGCUCUUUGAAAGCGGUACCGUUUGUCAGUAGAUCAGUAGAAGGUAUAAGAAAGGGUUAGCUUUUCUCUCAAAACUGGUAUAUUAAAAAAGGUGAAGGGGUGGGACCACAGGGCGAAGUACCUCCCUGGACUAUUUGAUGCACUGUACCUGCAUUCCAGUGAACAGUGGCACCAACGCGAUGCUUGGGAUAACAAAACUAAAUGAUUUGUCCAUCCAAGUCUCAACGUCGUGUCAUUGUGUGUGCUCACUAGCGCGUAAUAGGAGAAAGGUUUAGAACUAAUAACUCAGCGCCCCUUAACAUGGAAUAGCACCUCUGAGAUGUACGCAGUUGUUAUCUCGCUAGUGAUACUUUUGUAUUCCACAGAGUCAAGUUAAGCUCUGUGCAUGCAAACUACCUUUAAAGUAAAUAGCCGUUUAACUGAAGGAAAUAUACCAAACAAGGGGUUUGCCGGCGUCUAAAGCUAGCUUUCUUGUUUCAAACGGAAAGUAAAUCUUUGUUCCCAGCCAUCCAAUUGUCAUCUGCUCAUGAAUAGCAGUUGCUCUAUAACACAAUAUAUUGUGGUAUUUACUGUAAUGUGAUCAUGUUGUAAAACUUCUGACAUGUUUUUAACUGAAAGGAAGUAAUUGAGGUUCAUUCGGUGUUUAGUGUGAAUGUAACUGGUUCCUUUACAGCUGGCAUCAUUUGUGUCGAGUAACGUAUCACGUCCAUGUUUCUCAGUGAUUUACCGUUAAUUUUUAACUGAGAAAGACCUAAGAUUAUUAGACACUGUACUAACAUUAAAAACGGAUUUUUCUCUCUUCACUGAAGAAACGAUUAUCGUUCGCAAAAUAGUAUAGUGCAACAGCUGUUUUGUCGGAAAUAUCCUUUCCAUGGGGUACCCAACCAAGUAGGAAAAUUACGGAAGUUCCUGGGGUGGGGGUAUGACAAGCACCCCCCUGGAAUGAAAAUUCCAGGGGGGUGGGGGUUCUAAAGUAAAAACUACGCUAUCAACGCUAAUACACUACAUCCACUGGUUAAUCGGUUAUGCGAAAUAUUUUAAUGAAUGGGUUAAUGGUAUGAGAACGUGUAAUGUUAUAGAACCCCUCAUGUCUCGUUUGCAGCUAAAGAGAAGGCUAAUGAGGAAGAUAAUGAUAGUGCUAAACAGGAAAAAGGUGAAGAAGCUAAACCUGCUGCAGACAGUGAAGAAAACAAGAAGGAAGUGACCGAUGAACACAAAGAGGAUGACAGCAUCAAAGGCGAGUGAGGAGAAGUUAUUAGGGAGUUCAGGCAUGUUUUUGAGCGACGCACGUCAACCGGAAGUGGUCAUUUUUUUUCAAUUUUGGACAAUGGUUUUGCCCAACUUUUUGGACAAAUAGUCUCGGUGAUAGUAAAGACACUUAGAAAUACAAAUUUCGCAGUGUCAAGCCGAUUUAAAAUGAAAAAGAACUCUCUUCCGGUUGACGUACAUCGCUCAAAAACGCCUUUGUUGAAGCUCUCCAUUGUCCCUUAUAAGCACGUUAGAAGAAUCUUCCUCACUGCUUCUCUACUAUCAGGCCGGAUUCGAUUCUCGAAGCCAUCAGUUAAGAUAUUUUCAUAGCUAUAAGCCCUUUGCAGCAGGUCAUUCAAAUGGUACAAAACCGCCAUGCUGUAGAUCAAGGCCAGAUGCACUGGGAUAAGACAAAAAUUGACAAUGGUCCCAGUGCGUCCGUUUUGUACCACGUGACUGACCAGCUACAAAGGACUUGUUGAUCAUUGUUCAGGAACUAGUGUUAAUACAAAUCUUAACUCAUAAGGUCUUUUUAAAUCCAGACCCAAGUGCUUAACUUUGCCCUCCAGAUUAGUGACCCUACUGAUUUGAUUGUUAAAAGGGUCGAUUGCGUUUGUCGAUUGCAGGGAAUGGUGUUAUCUCCACCCUACGUAAACUGGGCGAGCCAAUAGCGCUAUCCAAUAUCUGGUCGCUUUUUGUCCAUUUGUAAAGCCUGGAGGAAUGACUGGUUUGGUUUAGACGCUUUAGGAAAUUUGCUACCCGUGCGAUCAGUUUGCGCUUAACAAAACGCUUUUACUGGAGUUAAAGAAAACCCCAAAUAUUUAAAUAAUAACCGUAAAAAAAUUCCUUUGGAAAAAGUGCAUUGUAAGAGCAAGAAUUGCGGGUAUUAUUGUAGUCUCUCGCAGGGCGCGCGCGCCAAGAACGAAGGACAUUGGCUAUGUGUAUUUUUAGGAGUUAGUGUUUAUGAUGUAAGCUAUUUUGUAGGCUUUUUUAUUAAAAACUGAAUCAUUGGAUAAUGCAAUACUAGAGCUCUGAUUAGCUUAGCCAUCAUGGUAUAUGAGCCAUUAUACCGUGCUCUCCAUAUAUGGUAACUGUACGCGUCUGCUCAAAAUUAAAAACAAGCUGAGAAUCGGUUGUUUUUUACAAACAAUGUCGAGAAGAACUCUCGAUAUUUUGUGGGCGUUUGUAAUAAAACAAUUAUUCCACUCGCGCGGCUUGUUGGAUAUGAAAUGGUAAAUAAUUGACAAGUAUCACGUCGUGGAUCAUUAUACGUAGCCCACCUACCCCUCCCCUAAGCCAACAUUUUGCUCUAAGUGAGAAGUAAGUGUUAAUGUUGGCUUAGGGGAGAGGUAGAUGGGCAGUUUCUCAGAAACGUAUAAUGAUCCAACGUCAUUCGGUGAUUGCACCCAUCCAAAGACGACUUGUGGACGUAAAAUUCUAUUCCACGAAUAUGCUGCAAAACUAAUCAAUCCUGAAAAUCUCCCCCUUCCUCACGAAAUUCUUACUUUGGCACAGGACCGCAACGGUCGACUGUUGACACCACUGGGAACCCCCAUGAGCGCCUCAGCCGCGUAGAGAGAGACCCAUCCACAACAUCAAGAAACCUCGUAUUUUGUUUUAACUUUUUGCUUACUAUUAGCAGGUCCAAAGACUGAUACAGACACCAAAAUGGAUGUUGAUGUUCCCAGUGAAAAAGAGGAUCCUGAGAAAGACAGUGAAGGCAAAGAAAAUAACGAUAAUAAAUCUGACGAAACAGAGCCAAUGGAUGUUCAAGAAACUGGCGAAAAGUCUUCUGAAGAUGGCAAGGAUGGCGAACAAAAGAAGCCAGUGUUUGAAGCGGAGGAGAAAGACGAUGAUAAAACUGUUGACACAGCUGAUAAGAAAAAUGAUAAUUCAGGAAAAGGUGAAGAAAAAGAGGAAAAGGAAACGACUAAGGAAACAGAGAGUGGUGAGAGUGAAAGUGUAGAGCAAGGUGACGUAAUUGAUAAAAAGGAAAAUGAAGGAAAAAAGGAAGUUGAGUAAGUUGAAAAUUCUUCUGAUGAGGCUGACGGUAAGAGGGAUUCUGAUCAAACAGAUAAAGCACCAGAAGAGAAAAGCGGAGAGAGCGAGAAAAAAGAAGAAGAGUUAGAAACCGAUAAAACUAAUGAUAAACCUUCAGAGAAAAUAGACUCUGAUCAAAAGGAGGGCAAACCGGCUGGAGAUGCUGUAGAAUCAGAUAAAAAGGCAACUGACAAUACACCAGAAAAGACCGAAUCGCCUGCGAAAACAGAGCAGGCCCCUAUUAAAACUGAUCCGGUAGCAGUCCCUAAACAGGAGAAAUCUACUGAGAGAUCGGCUGGACUGAGUAAGCCUGCCAGUGCAGCUAAUGAACAGCAGCGGUUCAUGUUUAACAUUGCCGAUGGUGGAUUUACUGAGCUGCAUACUCUGUGGGAAGUGGAGGAGAAAAGAAAGUGCGAUGAUAUCUGGUGGAGAUGUCAUGAUUACUGGCUUCUGGCCGGAGUUGUUAUGGAUCCUGAACACAGUUAUUGAAGUAGUUACUGUAUUAUUCCUUUUAUUCAUUCCCAUCCCAUUUUGUGGUCUAAGUUAUGUAUUGGGUAUCCAGAUUUAAAAUAUUUGUUGAGUCUAACUACAUGGCAUUUGAUCAAUGACAUCAAAACGUUUGUCCGCUACUUGCCGUUCGAGGUGUUUUACUAGAGAGUUUAAGCUUCACGUAUACAGCAAACGGCAAACGUCAGAUUCAAGUUGAGGAUUUCUCAAAAUAGAAAAUGAGUAGAUAAAAAGUGCUCAAGUUAAUACUUAUGGAUGAAAAAUUGCGUGAAACACUAAUUUAUGUGUAGAAAUAAUUAACAGUAAACGACAAGUAAAGCGGAAACUUGGUCACGUGGUACAAAUUCGCGUUUGCCGUUUGGCGUAAACGCGAUGCGUUUAACCUCUCUACUUAUGGAUCCCUGUGGUGGGGGGAUAGAAGGGAACGUUCUCUCAGGCGUGUCUUAGAAAUUUUCAUUCUGCGGUUUUUAAAGUAUCCUGCAGUGUGUGAACGGUCAGGAUUUUAAAAAAAUUUCAGCUCUUUCCCUCGCCUAACCCUGGACCCGAAAUAGCCUGGCCCCAGUUGUUCAAACGUUGGAUAGCGCUAUCCACCGGAUGAAUCAAUUUUUAGCGGAAAAGUAUUAGGGGAGCCAAAUGUGUCAGCCAGUGGAUAGAGAUUUAUCCAGCGGAUAGUACUAUCCAUCGUUUGAACAACUGGCGUCUGAUUGAAGGGUAUGUGCUGUUUGGACUUAUUUGUUUUGUAAUUGGUUGUUUGUCUACCCUCAAAGCACUUAAAAGUUCUUAAGAACUCGUUAAAACGUGUCCGUGCGUUCCAAAUCGAAUUAGAACUUGGAAGUGUUGGUUUUUAAGGAGAGGAGAAAACCGGAGCACCCGGAGAAAAACCUCUCGGAACAAGCGAGAGAACCAACAACGAACUCAACCCACAUAUGACGUUGACGCCACGAUUCAAACCUGGGCCACAUUAGUGGCACUCGGGUGCUCUCACCACUGUGCGUUCGCCAGCCUUGUUCCUCAGCUGACAAUAGCCUACGUUCGAUAUAUCAACUCCAAUGCUUUCUUGUUUGGUUUUCUUUGUGGUCAGGUCUCCUUUGGGAAUUACCAGACUAACAUCGUAAACAUUUUGCAGUUUUUUUCGGAAAGCCUCUUAGUCAUAUUAGAAUUCUGAUAUAUCGAACGUUGGCUUUUGAGUAGAAGGUGCAGUUUAUAGAGUAGUGCGGAAAACAAAAAAAUGCUGAAAAAAUCCAGCGGAGACAAAGUCAUUUUAUCUAAAACUACAACCAUCCGAACUGCGACUUAAAAUUGUUUUAUAAUAGAAUAUUGUAUAAAAUUUCUCUACUUUUGUGAGAUUGCGAAACUUUGUGAGAGUAGGGUAUUUUGUUUCUCCUUGACAUUAUCCCUCUUUCAGUCACGGUUAUGGCAGAUGGCAGGAUAUCGCUAAUGAUCGCAAGUUUGGGGUGGUCAAUGAUCCGUUCAAAAAUGGUAAGUUGUUGGAACAGCAUCUGUAAUGAAAUUAGCAGCCAAGAGUUAUCAAAACUCGCGUGCCUUUAAUUUUAAGUGGUAAGGCUGUCAUUAAGAGCCGGGAGGCGGGGACUCCCCCCGGCUGUUAUGAACGUGGCCCCCGGCUAGUCGCGUAGGAAAAUUGAAGAAAAAUAGAACCAAAAGAAAUCCCUAGCUGUUUGUUUCCUUGCCUACCACUUAUUGUAUUUAUCCUGCAACUUGAAAUCUUAGUGACAUCCCUGAAGGUGUACUGGUAAUAGUUAAGGAAUUGACUUGCAGCAAGUCGACUGCGUGAGUGCCGAAGGCGCGAGCGAAGCAAGCGAACGAGAGCGGCGAAGUCGCGAGACGAGCAACGUAAGUUAAGAAACAAGUCGACUUCGUGAUUGCCGAAGGCGCGAGGCGAUGCGCGAGCGUCGUACGUUGAGAAGUCUAAGGUAAGGAACAGUCAGUGAAGAGACGUUAGAAUAAGUACGGCGCACGUUAACCAGUUUCAACUCAGACCACGCUAACAUUACCACUAAAACAAGUACUUAUCAACCCAGUCCAGACUUCUUUUGCUUAUGUUAUACCUUAGUUUGUUUCUAUUGCAGUCUCUCUGGAGUACAAGAACCGCUUUAUUGCGCGACGCUUUAAGGUUUGUUCUGCUGAUAUUGUUCCCAAUCUUGUGUGUAGACAUCAAAUAGGUUUUCAUCGUAAAUUUCUGUGGGUUUCAGGGAUAAAUGACCAGUGACUGUGUAAUAUUAAAAUCUGUACCUUAUCAACAAAGAUUGCUUUGGCAAUUGGUCAUAGGCAAUUUAAAAGUAUUGAUCACUGGGGCAUACAGAACUCGCUGCAAUGAUUUGCUUGAGGUACCGCCAAACAAUAGCUUCCUAAUGCCUAAUGCCCAAAGCAACCUUUCUUGAGUCAGCGAUAUCCCCAAAUCCUCAGUCUUAAGUCUGAGUUUUAAACCAUCAAAUUUAGCCCUCUGUCAGUGGCAUUGCUUCCUUGUUUCCCCCUGUACAUCUCUUUUAUGCUAAUUCAAGCACUGGUGUGGUCAUAAUUGAAACUAGAAAUUCAGUUAAGGAAUUAGAAACCUGAAUUAAGCUCUUAGACUGGUUCGACAGAGGAAGACAGUGCGUACACUAAGUGAUACCGUCACAGUCCACAGCAAGUUUAUUGACGUUAUUGUAGCGCACUAGUGUGCUUUUCUUGUGUUGGCAUAGUUCACGCCUUGUGUUGGUUUGAGCAUCUCGCAAUUGAUCUCCGUGAAUGGCACCCUUGUGAAUUAUGUGCUGUUUUGUUUUAAGUUGUUAGAACAAGCGCUUGUAAUAGAAGAACAGCUGAGACGAGCCGAUACCAUGAAACUCAGGCAAGAUGCCAACCACCCUGCCAUGGCUUUAAAUGCAAGGUAAGAAUGAAACCAAUCUGCAGGAACGGUGUUUUAGCACCUUUUUCGAGAACUGAGAUACAAUGUGCAGUCAUUUUUUGUCUCUGUUCGGUAGAUUUGCGGAACUGGAGUGCUUAGCAGAAAGUCACCAGCAUUUGUCCAAGGAGUCGUUAGCAGGAAACAAACCUGCCAAUGCUGUACUUCAUAAAGGUAAUCUUUCACACAGAACGUGUAGUAGCUUAUGGCUUCAAUAGCCUGUGAGUUGGCUGUCUGUAAGGGGAGGGUGGAAAAAUGGGAACCAUUAGAGGUACUUCUUGCUACACUCUUUAAAGCGUUUGUACCUAUUCAUCACAAUUAAAGUAGCGUCGUUCAGACUAUAAGCCUGUGAAUAUUGUCGCCUUUCAUCGCUCCCCUCUUUUGGACGUUUUGUGAGAGAAUUAAAAAAAUGUUAGGCCUGGUUUUAAACCUUUCUUGUGAAAAUGAAUUUUACCUGCCUUUCGCUCGUGGUGAUAAACACUUCAUUCAACAUAGUGACCCUGUUGUAUGAUUAAUUAAAAGACAAAAAAUCACUAUAUCACCAGUCCUCAAUUGUUCAAAAGCUGUAUAUGGACCUAUAGUGCUAUCGACAGGAUAAAUCGCUAAUCAUAACUAUAACAAAAUUGUUAAAUCUGAUCGGCUAUCAACUGCCCUGAUUUCAGCCUUAAUUGGACAGUUUAAUAGGACAGCACGCGUCAUGCCUAAGUAAUUGGACAGAACGCGCCAUCACGCGCGCGCUUAAGUGGCUUUUUUUUUUCACUGUUUUGAUUUAAAAAAUAGCCUAUUACAUCACUAAUUUUGUUAAAGUUAUGAUUAAUUGGUAACAGAACUUCGUGUCGUCCAAUUCGGUCUGUAAUCAUACUCGUGAUUAAACAAAUCGGAUUCCCGCUACGUGGUCGUCCGAUUUUGUUAAUCACUCGUAUGAUUACAGACCGAAGUGGACUCCACUCAGCCCUGUUACCAUUACUAACCAGGCAGUAGGUACUUGUUAGUGAAAACGAUUGUGAUAUCCUCUGAAUAGUUAUUUAUCCAGUGGAUAGGACUUACCAUCUUCUUAACUUCUAGGAUGUAACAGACGGACAUUUAUCGUUCUUGUUUAUGUCUGCAGUACUUAAUCAGCUGGAGGAGUUGCUAUCAGACAUGAAGUCGGACGUCAACCGUCUUCCUUCGACACUAGUUCGAAUGCCUCCCGUCACUGCUCGGCUUAACAUGUCGGAGAGAGGAAUUCUCAGCCGUCUAACGAAACGUGGUGAGGGACCACCACCCAAUGUCACCAUACCUGGAAACACCAUCCAGCCCCCUCCCGUUCCAGGAAUGGGUUCAGUUACUAUCCAGCCAAAGGUCCAGCCCUUAGUGUUGGGCGGUGGCACUAUCAUGCCCCCUGUACAAAUCAAAGCAGGGCCCCUGCACUACACUACAAGCUCUGUGUACCGCGCUCCACCCGUGACAGGCAGCAAUGCAACCAUCACAGUCCAGCCGCCUCCACCAACUACUCUAUUGCUUUCGGCCUCCACUUCCACAUCAAGUCAGGCCAAGCCCGGGUUCGUGCAGAAUAUACCUAAACCAGGCUCUCCGAUGAUCAGUCAUCACGUAAACUCACCCACCCCCACACAGUACGUCACUACUCUUCUUACCAAGCCCGCUGUGACUGCGGCAUCCGCUGUACCACAAACAGUGUCGGCUCCUGCCAGCUCUGGAGCCGUUCUUACUCCGGUCAUCAAUAGCGUUUACAGUUUGAGCACUGGCCAAACCGGAACCGAGUCUCCCCGCAGCGGUACACCCCCCGUUAUCCAAGGUGGAAUUGGUAAAAUGCUGAGCAAGUCUGCCACAGCUCUGGUGGAAAAUCAGAUCACUUCCAUAAUACGUAGCAAGGCUUCAGCAAUGGGUCUUAUUAAGCCAGAUACCUCAUCUGGCCCCAGUUCUCCAUCGGAAACGCCAGCAGCUUCGCCAGGACAAGGUCAAACUACUUCCCAGGCCCCUCAGGAGGAACCCAGCCAGUCGCAUACUGUGAAAACUGGGGAUACCACUAAGGACAAAGAUCCUGAUGUGAUUUGUUUGGACUAA